GAUCUGAUCUCCUGAGCACUUCAUCUUGUCUCCAUCCUUGGGGCUCUGAGCCCAGCAGCUGGACCACUUUGUCCUUGGAAUUUUGGGUGUCCUCUCUGUUCACCUUCCCUUUCCCCUUCUCCCUUUCCCCUGCUGAGAACUCCUGAAGACUGUAGGAUUGUCAUGGAGUCCAGGGAAAUUUUGAGCAGCUCCCGGCAAAGGGGGGGCGAGUCGGAUUUCCUGCCAGUCCCUUCGGCCAAGCCUCCAACUGCGCCAGGCUGUGCAGAACCUCUGCUGUCUGCGCCAGGGACUGGGAAGGGCAUCCCAGGGGCCGGAGAGCGCAUGGAGCCGGAAGAGGAGGAUGAACUGGGCUCAGGGCGGGACGUGGAUUCCAACUCCAAUGCGGACAGCGAGAAGUGGGUGGCAGGAGAUGGCCUGGAAGAACAGGAGUUCUCCAUCAAGGAGGCGAACUUCACGGAGGGGAGUCUGAAGCUGAAGAUUCAGACCACAAAGCGGGCGAAGAAACCCCCAAAGAAUCUGGAGAACUACAUAUGCCCCCCUGAGAUCAAGAUCACCAUCAAGCAGUCUGGGGACCAGAAGGUGUCUCGUGCGGGGAAAAACAGCAAAGCCACGAAAGAGGAGGACAGAAGCCACUCCAAGAAGAAGACUUAAUUUUCCCUCUUCCCCAGCAUCAUCAGAGAACCUGUUUCCUCAGCAUCAAGGACUUCUACCUUACAUUCAUCGGGCGUCUACCAUGGUCUCAAAAACAUGCUGGGGCUGCAUUCCUAGCACCCCCACCUAGACCAUCAUCAUAUGUCUAUGGCAAGACGCUUGUAUUGUGUUCUGAGCUGUCAUAACCUCUCUUAGGAAGUCUCAUGGAUCAUACAUGCAUUUACUCUUUCUUUAAAUAGCACCCUCUUUGUGUCAAACACACCAAGUAUGGGCAGAAAAGAAGCCUUUUAUGGUGAAGUCGAUGGGAA